UAGUCCAGUAUGGCUGGAGGGCGUCCACUCUUAGCCACAAGCCUGCUGUAGCUCCUAACAAUGUUCAGUCAGUCAGAACUACCAUAACAGCUCCACACACAGGCCAACCAGCAGUGUGAGCGCCAGCUUUAAACCAGUUGUCAACAGUGAGCUGUACCAGGGACAUUUUAUAAACACUUCUUUAAAUUUGUGUGACUCUGGACUGCAGGAAGGAAUAUACGAUUUUAUAAACAUAUCUGUUCUCCAAGUAAGAACACUUUCAGUGAACACAGAGUUUUGUGUAGAUCUCUAAAGACUUGGCCCCCAACAGGAGGUGUUACAUUUGACACUGAUACCCUUUCAUUCCUACAAUGUGAGAAGGGGGUUAGUACCCUGGGGAUCUUCUUUUUUCUCCACUGGACCUGAUUGUGUAGUGUUAAUUAGUACUGUUAUAGAUACUGGUGUAAAGGGUUAAGUGGUCUGCCCAUAAUAAGACUUGUGUCUAUAGACAGCACAAGCUGGACCGGUGGACAUGCCUGAUGAAGAUGCAAAACAAAAUGACUUACUGGAUGGAAACUGGCAUGGAAUCCGACAUUUCCGAGCACCUUGAGACCGACGAGAUGUAUAUGAUGCUUCAGGCUGAUAUGCUGAGCAUCAAGCGACAGGAGACUGACCUGAAAUCUGAGAUUGUUGAGAUCACCUCCAAGUUCAAGAACAUCCUGACAUCAUGUGGUUUUGAGUCCCAGGAUUACUCCAUCAUGAACCAGUCUACCGGCACUCUGCCUCCAACUCCAUCCUUCAUGAGGAGUUCAGCCCUCACACAAGUUACAGCCCUGUCCUCUGAUGAAGACUUCCUUCUCCAGGAGAUGAUGAAAGCUUCCCUCUGUUCCACCAGUUCAGACAGCAUCUACGAGGACUCUGCCAUGACACUCAUCGUUGACUCCAACUCCAACUACAUGUCUUUGCCAAAGAACUCCAUGGUGUCCACUCCCAACAUUCCAAAUGUCACCGGAUCUUCAUCAUCUGACAUCAGCAACCGCAGCGUAGGAGCCAACACCUCUGACGGUUACCCCAAGUCCACCGAUACCUCAUCUGACGACAACCAGUGUGUACCAGAGUGUCUUGACCUGGAGCAGGAGCGUAUGUCCCGAAUCCAGUACUAUGGUGACUUUACCAUCGACCGCCAGCGCCGCAUCGACAACAUGGCCGUGUCUCUGUCUGCUGGACCUGUCUCUUCCGACCUGACCAGUGCUGCCACAGAGGAACUCUUCACCCGUGAGGUUGAGGGAUGCGAGGACAACUCUUCUGUACCACCUGUCCGUGUUGGACCCAUCAUCGGUGCCUGUCUGCCUACCUCCACCUACUCCACCACUACCUCCGGAAGUGCCAGCUCCACUCCAUCAUCUGGCCAUCGUCGCCGUCGUCACUCUACGAGGAAGGACCGUACCACUUCUUCCAAGGGUAGUUCCACCAAGUACACCUCUGUGCCCUGUGCCUCCUCCACCAUGAUCGAAGAUUUGUCUCCUUCAUCUUCUAGCAGUGGUAGCAGCAAGCACCGUAGCAGCUCCAUCCCCCGAGCCUCCUCUACCAUGAUUGAAGACCCUGACACACCCUGCAGCAGCGAGGAUGACCUUCAGUCCAUCUACACCUGGUCUAUUCAUGACAACGACUGUGAUGAGGACCUCGCCCUGGAGGAGUCUUACUACAGGAACCUUAACCAGCACCACAAGAUGUCUGCCAAGCCUCCUCUCCCUCCCAAGAGAGUCCUCUCCAGCAGAAGCAGCAGCAGCAGCAGUCGUUCCAGCUCUCGUCGGUCAUCCAAGCAAGACAACUUGAAGGCCAUUCCCUCCGACUCCUGCACACUUCCAAUUGAUGCUCUGUCUGUGAUUGAGCCCUCAGCCAGCUACAGAGAUGCUUACCUCGGCGCCGAGUCCAUGUACGAUGAUGAUGACAUCCCCUUCAAGUCUAACAGUCUGCCCAGGACUAGUACCAGGAUCCAGUUGCUCCCCAACAAGUCCUCAGGAAGCUCCAUGGAAGCCCGCUGUUCCUCCAUGCCCGACAUUGUCAGCGUUGACCCUGCCAACAACGAUGAUUUCCACAGCGUGCCAACCUCUCCCGACCACAGUGCUGACAACACCUCCCCUCUUUGCGAGCGUCUUGAGCUUCCCGGCAAGUCCAGUUCCAGUAGUGCCAGCCCAGUGAGCGACAACCAGUGUAGUGCUACCCACCCCAACACUGAUGCCCUUGUCGACUCUAUCCUCACCGACAGCCCCGCCAGUGUCUGUAGUUCUGGUAUCUUUGUACCCUGCAACACACCUGAUGUCACAGAUCACAGUAAGACCAGCCGAUCCACCACUAGCGACAAGUCUGAUUCCCGUGUCCAGCCUGUGGCUCCUCCUUCAUCCGUGGCAUCUGUACCCUCCAACGUUCAGACCGAUGGUGGACUAUUCAAAGUUCCCAAGUUCAACCAGCCACUCAAGAAGCUCUUCAGGUUUAAGCGUAGCAAGGCCCAGAGAGUGUUGACCAGCACACCCAGCCAUGUAUGUCCAUCUUCAGUACAGAGUGACCCUCUCUCCAAGAGGAAGCUCUUCACCACCGAUGCCUCCAGCUCAGCAGAUGUUCAGAUCGUCAACAAGAGAGCCGUCAUCAAGAAGUUCAAGAGGUUCAGCGCUAGCUUUAGGAAAGACAGGCAAGGAUUAACCCGCAUCCAGACCCUCGCCAACUUGUGAACUCUUUGACACUUAAAAUGCCAUGACAAUCAAAGUGAAUUAUGGACACAUUCGUGAAUGAUUUAUCCAUGACAGUGAACUUUAUGCAGUGUUGGUGAAGGUUGCUGUGUGUCUCAGAGUUGAGAUUUUCAAAUGAUUGAGAUUUGAAUCUGUUUGAAUAGUGCCUCAUACUGACAGUUUAACUGAUAACUGAGUACAUAGUAACAUACAAUUUAAAGACAUCUCAUCAUCAGCUCGUAAUAUUUCGCUGCCGUUAUAGUGCAAUAUUCUGUUUCUCAUUUUGCCACAAGUUGUUGGUAAUUCUACUUCUGUCUCUUUCUUAUCUUUCUUUCCAACUAUUUCUCGGAGAAAUGACUCAGGAAUUUGUGUGUGUGAGAGAAAUGGAUUAUAGCCAUUUAUAUCUGUACAUUUUGUAAAUAGAGAUGAAAUCCUAAUUUAUUUUUAUUUGUUUGAAAGUCAAGGUAUAUUGACAGUGCUAUUAUGUAAAUAUUAAAACCAAAAUGAAUCUGA